UGGACGAUAUGUGUUAAAGGUAAGGUAAACUGGCUGCUGCUGCUUGUGCACGGACUAUUUGGCUUUGUGUACAGUUUCAUACUGAAAAAGCAAGUGAAAUCUGCAGAAAACCAGGUGUUCCAUGGGAUCCAGCAUAAUGAGACUAUGCCAAGGUUUAUUUUGAUGCAUCAGUGAAAAUGGAAUUUCAAACUAGUGCUGGAAACGUCAACAGUGGUUUGAAAAUCAGCAGACCAGCCGAUCAACGCCUAACAGAUAUACAAAUCCCCACAAGUGUGACUACAGCCUCAUUUCUGAAGCAUACAGCACUAACACCAGCUCAGAGGAAGUAUCUGUACAGCAUUGCAGCUUCCUAUAGCACUGAGCAUGUCCGGAGCCUCGUCACCCAGCACUACAUGAACGUGCAGUACAGGUGUAUACGAGCAGACUACAACCACAAACAAGACUUACUUGAGGCUUCUGUAGCCUCACCUGGGAACGACAGAGAGGAUCAUCUAUCAAAAACGCAAUCAGAAGUUUCUUCAAGGUCAAAAAACAAGAGCAAGAUCAGUGCUAGACUUUCUGGAAAACCCUCUCUCCCAAAGAACAAAGAAGCCAGGUCCUUUAAUACAUCUGCAUCAACACAUAGAAAGGCUAAGAAGGGGACAUUGUCACAAACACAGAGAAGGAAAAGUCCAAGGAGAGCCAGGAUCAGACUGUCAGAUGAGGAAGAAGAGCAGGGAAGACCUACUGAUUCUCUGAGUGAAUGUCUGAGCUCACUCUCUGUGGGAGGAUGGGAUGGUGACAGCUUAUCUGAUUUGUGAUUCUUUUAUAAUAAUAUAGUGAAGCUUUCUGCUACUUAAACGCUACAAAAUUCAGUUUCCAGUAUAAAUACUGUAUAUACUGAUCAGACACUACUGGUGUUUAAAGGAAAGCUUCAAGAAUUUUGAAUUUAGAUUUUCACUUGCAUCUAGAAAUUGUUUACAGUUAUCUGGAUCAUGCAUUAUUUGUAUUUGUAGAAAUAAAUACUCUGUAUGUGAGCUUCUAAAUGUACAGCUGUGUCUGAGUUUUGUGUUGUUAGAAUUCCUCCUUAUCAGAAUGUGUUACUGUUUAUCUUUUUUCAUUUUUUUAAGCCUAUUUAAGCUUUAAAGUAUGUUUUAUGCAUCUGCAAGAUCAGUUUUUGUAAGAUGUAAAGAUGAAGUUAAUGUAGCGCCCUCUGUGACUGGGGGAAAGCCUUUGGAAGACUUGAUUUCCAUGAAGUCACGUGAUCGCUACCGUUAAAGAGAGGAAUAAUGGGAGGUGAUUGCGAGUGCCUGUGCUGGCGUGCUUAGUGCUUGGUGCUGGCCACAGGCUCAUUAGUAUUCAUAGCAGAUACUGUUUCUUUGGCUGCUUUGGCUGCUUUGGCUGCUUUAAAGAAGAGUUUGUUUUCUUCUUUCAAAAUAAUGAAGUGUUUUAAUUUCAUUGGCUCAAUGAAGCCGACGUGGAUUUUUUUCUUAGUGUUAAUGGAAAAAGUUAAGCCUUUUUUCCCUUUUUUUUGCCGCUAGCGCAGGUUUCCCAUUGUUGAUAUGAAACAGAUGUUUUGGGACGCAUUAGUUGCAUAAGUACCUCUGGAAUUCAGGAAAGUUUAAAAUCUUCAAAUUCUUCGCGUGUACUCGACGUCCUGCAUGGAUGAAAACUCUCUGAGAGAGGCAUGGCAUUGAUGAUAUGCUGAUGUCUGAUAACUGUAUUAUUUUUUUAUUUUCACUUGCAAUAAACUCAUUGACAUC